CGCCAAGAACUCGCGUCCGUUACAACAGAAUUACCACGUCACCACCACCAAAUCUCAUUCAUGAAGAUUCACUCCCACGUAUGCAGGCCUUUGAAUUCUUCUCGAAUCUUCUUCUUCCUCCUCAGCAAAUCUCUCCAUUAUUCUCUCUAUUCUUCUUCAUUGAUCGAUUGAGUUGUGUUCGAAUCAAGAAAUGGGGCUCAAGAACCGAGGAUCUGGUUCCGGGUCUGGGUCCAAGGCGGCUCCAAAGUCGGUGGCUGAGGGAGCAGCGGCAGCCGCCGGAUUGGACAAGGUGAUCAAACCGGAGAUCGAGCGCGCCCAGUCGGUUUUCCGCCGCGGGAACCACAAGAAAGCCCUGAAGCUCAUGCAGGAGUUGUGCAGGCGCCACCAGAGCUCUGCUCUCGCUCACAAUGUUCGAGGUGCUAUGCUUUUUAACCUAGCUGCUUUAAUCGACGAUCCUAAUAUCAAACAGCGGCAUCUCAAGAAUGCAGUGGAGCCGGCGCGGCGAGCCAGGUUUCUGUCACCUAAGUCGGUUGAGUACGCUCAUUUCUACGCCCAUUUGCUCUUCGAAUUGGCCGACGACAAGGAAUCGUAUCAGGAGGUGAUGCGUGAGUGUCAACGGGCAUUGAAGUUCCUGCAAGAGGGUGACCAGUUGGAUCAGUUAAUGCCUCAAUCACGGAUGGCAGAACUGCAUCAGGAGUUGGAGGCGCUGGUUAAGAAGUCCACAAUUAAUAUGUAUUCGACUAUGAUGAUAAAGCUUGGGCUCGGGGACUUGGAGGAGAAAUUCAAGUUUAAUUCAAAGGAAGAGAAGAAGAAAUUGAGGACUAGUACUGAAGGAAGGAGGGAGAUUGAAGCCCAGAUGGAAGUUGCCAGGGUGCCGCAGAAGACGUUGGAGUCCCUGCCUCUGGAAGAAGGAGAGGAAGAGUUGUCUUCCAGAGCUCUUAGACUUGAACGAAGAAAGAAGUCUGCAAAUAUCAAGAAGAUGGUUUCUUUGGGAGAUAGGAUUAAACAAGUGAAGAAGUAUUGGAACUCCUUGAGUUCCGAUACAAGGAGGGGAUUGCUUCAAGUGAGAAUUAGUGAUCUAAGAGCGUAUUUUAGCUCGUCUAAGGAUGAUUUGGCUGCGGCUGUUUUAUCGGAAGCUAUAGCAUUUGCGGAAAAUAAUAAGACUUGGAAGUUCAUGGCAUGUUGUGUUUGUGAUGAGAAAUUCACUGAUUUGUCACCCUAUGUAGAGCAUUUUAUGGAAGAGCAUGUGGGGAAACUUUCACCAAAAAUGCUCAAAGUUAUGCCACAAAAAAUUGAUAGAGAUUGGGUUCAGAUUAUUGAGAAAGGUAUAUGGAAGCCAGUGGAUGCCCUUGCAGUAUUUCAAACCAGUGAAGAUCGGGUGAAAAGCUGGUCUUCUAGUAUCGUUAAGCGACAUACAAUGAUUGACAUGGAUGACUAUCUGGAAAUUUGCAUUAAAGAUCACUGGGAAUCCUAUUCUACAGAAGAAAAGAAAAAGCAGUUUGAUGAAGAGUUCAUGGAAGUGGAGAUUGGUAAUCAAAAGGAUGAAGGUGGAAACCAUGAGCCUAGGGAGAAUGAUUGGCCAGGGUGGCCAUUAUCUGAUGAUCCUCAACGUGAAAGGACCCUUAAGGGGAUCCAGGCCAUGUUUCAAAUACUUCUUAGACAGAGACAUCUGGCUACAAGACAUAUUGUCCAGGUGAUGCAAUACACCAUGGACGAGCUGCAGAUUUUUGCUUCAGUGUCCCAACUUCUAAAUCAUGGCCUGGACCACACACUUCUGUGCAUCUGUUUUUUGGGAGUCUCUCAGCUUGAAAAGGUCCUUAGAUUUUUGCAGUCUGUUGCUUAUAUUUGCGGUGUGACCAAGUGCUCUGAAAAGGGUAGCUCCAAAGAUAAGGUGUUUGUUGGAGCACAGGGGUCUGAAAUCAAAGAAAGAAUUGUUUUUUCUAGUGACUCAUCAUGUCUGCUUUUGGAUAAACGCUUACUCAGAGGGGAGCUUAAUCUCAGCACAUAUAAUGAUGCCAUUGCAGAUGAUGGUUCUGCAGCAACUUCAGCUAUUGAUGAUCAUGAAAAUGAUGUGCUUCCAGAUGGUGAUUCCUUAGUGCCUUGGUUAUUUUCGGGUUGUUCCAUUGGGGAACAAUUGGCAUCAUGGGCAUGUCUAAGGGAAGAUAAGAAACAUCAAGGAAUGAAAAUAUUCCACAUCCUUCAGAAGGAACUUUCCCACUUAGAAGGUUUGUGUCAGAAAAAGAGCAUGCAUUCAAUCUAUGAAGAUGCACUCCAGGCAAUUGAGCGUGUGUGUCUUGAGGAAUCCAAGAGGAGGGCCCAAGAUCCUGAGUAUCUCCCACAAUAUUAUGAGUACCUCCUGGAGCAGCUGCGAAGAGAGGUUAAGGUGGAUGAUGGUGAUAUGCUUCUAAGCCAUAAGUGUGAGUUAGAUCUCAUAUCAAAUAUCCUUAAAGAGGUACACACUAUGAGCGUUAAUCUGCUCAGUUGUGAGGCUUCUCCUUCACCUGAUCAGGAACACCUGCAGAAAUCAGACACAGUUGUAGAGGAAACAAUCCGAAGAUAUGAAGUUCAGGUCACUCUGGAGCUUUGCAGAAUUGAUGCAAGGAUUAUGCGGGUUGUUGCUGCUAUGCGACAGCAGGACUUGAAGCUUGGGGCAGCAUCUGCUCUUGACUAUCGAUCAAUUAUGGUGAUCCUUUUAAAGUCGUUUGUGCGGGCACGCUUGGAGGAUCUGGUUGACAAAGAUGCUAUAAAGAAGUCUGAUGUUGCAAGAGAAGCAUUGUUAGCACAGCUUGCCCUUGACAGCGAGAAGAAUAUAAGCAGAGGAGGUUAUAAUACAAAACAGAUGCAGAGAAAAUCAAAGGAUAAGAAAAAGAACAAAUCUUAUAGAAAAGCCAAGGAUCUAAAGGCUAGUAGUGGUAAUGAGCAGCUUCUGCUACAUGAGGAGGAUGCAAAACAAGCUUACUUUCCUGAUGCAUUUGAUGAUCAAAAUCCAAACUCCAAGAUUGGUAUUCCUGUAAGUGCUGCUGAAAUAAAACAACCAGAAGAGGAACUAAGGCUUCAACUAGAGCUUGAAGCAGAGGAAAGAAAGCUCAAAGAAAUUUUGGAGUUUCAACUGCAAAUUGAGAAUGAAUCUAAACAAAAGCACCUUGCUGAGCAAAAUAAGGUGGGUGGGAUGAUAGAGCGGCAGAUUUCUGGUGAGACAGCCAAGAGGUCAUCAGCAGAAGAAGCCCCAAAACUUAGUGCCACGAUUUUCAUUGGCACAAUUCCAUUAGUGGCCCCACAAUUUACAGAGAAGUUGGCAGAGGAAACGCCUGUGGUUCAAAUGAGACUGAUGGUGGUGGAUCCCAUAAUGAAGAUUCUAUGCACUCGGGUCAGGAUAAUCCUUGUGGUAACAAUGUACACCGGCACCUUCCAAAUCAUUUCUUCAUUCACAGACCCAAAAUCAAACGAUUCUUCAGGAAUCCUCUUCGCCUGCAAGUCCCUUCUCCUUCUCCAAAUCAGUUCAUUUCAGCGUUUCUUUAGAUUAGCAUUUCUUUCUUUUUAUCUUUCUUUCAUCUUUCUUUCUCCAUUGAAUUGUGUAUCGGAUUCGGAUCAAGAAAUGGGUUGGAAGAAGCGAGGCGGUGGUUUGCGCUCUAAGAAUCUCCCCACUCCUUCUCCGGCGGCAGACAAGGCGGUGGAGGAGGAAAAAACGGAAGCGCAUAUCACUUCCGAGAUCGCGAGGGCCGAAAAGACGUCCGAAAGAGGGAACCACAGGAGAGCCCUUAUGAUCAUGAAAGAGUUGAGCUCGCGCAACCCGAGCUCAGCCCAGGUUCACUUUUCUCACGCUGGUUUAAUUUGUACACAAGCUAAGUCGAUGAAAGAUCCUACCGCCAAAAAGCGGUAUUUAAAGAACGCGUUGGAGCCCGUGCAGCGAGCCAUGUCACUGGACCCGGACGAGUUAAAGUACUUUUGUUUCUAUCCGUCGUUGAUCUUUGACUUGGCCAGCCAUGCAGAUGCGUACAGAGAGGUGAUGCAGGUGGUUGGACGGACGAGGCAGCGUUUGCAAGAACGUGGCCUAGUCCGUGGGAUUCUGGAUAAGCACAUGGAGGCCCUGUUUCUCUGUUCGAGGUAUAUAGUGUGGCAGCUAGAGCAGAAGAAUGUGAAUUUUGAUGAUGAGCAAUUUAAGCACAAAUAUAUGGCUAAUGCCAUGAGAAAAAUGAAGCAGAUUAAAGCCAAAUCGGAAGCAGUUAGGGUGACCCAGAAGACAUUGCAAUCCAUGGACUUCCAAGAAGACUUCCAAGAAGAGGAAGAGAUGACUUUGGGAGCUCGUAUACUAGAACGAAGAAAGACUCUUACAAAUAUCAAGAAGCUCACUGCUUUGGGAGAUAAGAUCACUCAAGUUCAGGGGUACUGGAACUCCUUAAGUGCUGAUACGCAGAGGGGAUUUCUUAAAGUAAGGAUAUGUGAUCUAAAAGAGCAUUUUAUUAGGUUCGCCAACAAUGAUCUGGCGGUGGCAGUUCUGUCGGAAGCUAUAGGUUUCUUGCAGGAGAAUGAUUCUUGGAAGUUCAUGGAGUGUUGUGUUUGUGCUGAGAAAUUUACUGAUCUGUUGUUGUAUGCGGAGCAUUUUGCUGAGCAUAUGGGGGGUCUUUCAGAGAGGUUGAGCUUAUUUCAGCCACAAGAAAUUGAUAGUGAUUGGGUUGACAUUAUUGAGAAAGGUGGAUGGAAGCCAGAGGAUGCCCGUGCCGUAUUGCAAAUUAGUGAAGAUGAGUUGAAACGCAAGUCGUCUAGUCAUGUUGAGUGUACAGUGAUGGACAUGGAUGUCCAUCUGCAAAAUUGCAUUAAAGAUCCUCGUGAAUCCUAUUCUGUAGAAGAAAUGAAGAAACAAUUUGAUGAAAUGUUGAUGGAAGCAGAGAUUGGUAAUCAAAAUGAUGAAAAAAGUGGAAACCAUGAACCUGAGGGGAGUGAGUGGCCAUUACCUGAUUACCCUCGUCGUGCAAAAACGCUUGCAAAAAUCCAGGGCAUGUUACAAAUGCUUCUGAAAGGCAGAUACCUUUCAAGAACGCAUGUUCUCCAGGUGAUACGGUACACCCUGGAGGAGCUGCAGAUAUUUGCUUCAGAAUUGCAGCUUAGGAAUCUUGGCUUGGACAACACACUUCUGGGAAUCUGCCUUUUGGAAUUUCCUCAACUUGAAAAAGUCCUAAGAUUUUUGCACUCAAUAGCCUAUAUUUGUGGUAUAACCAAAUUUCCUGAAGAGGGUGGGGCACCUGCUGGAGCUCAGAAGUCUGAAAUCAAAGAAACAAUUGGUGUUUCUAUAGACUCAUCAUAUCUCCUUUUGGAUGAACGCUUAGUGACAGGAGAGCUUGAUGUCAGCACAUCUAACAAUUCCAAUUCAAAUGAGGGCUCUGGAUCAACUUUUUCCCUUGAGGAUCAUGACGAUGAUACACUGCCAGGUGGUGGUAUUUUUGUGCCAUGGUUAUUUGUGGGUCGUUCCAUUGAGGAAAAAUUGGAAUCAUGGGCAUGUCUAUUAGAUGAUAGAAAACAUAAAAAAAUUGAAGUCCAUGGUUUUCUUGAUAAGGAAUUUCCCCCCUUAUGGAGUUUGUGCAACAUGAAAAUCGUGCACUCAAUCAAUGAAGAAGAACUUAAGGAAAUAAGGAGUAUCAGUGAUGAUGAACUUAAUAGGAGUGCUCAAGAUCCAGCAUACGUCCCACAAUAUCUUGAGUACCUUUCAAAGAGGAGGAAAGAAGUGCAUGAAGUAGCAGAUGUGGACGAUACACCACUCAUUCAUCAUCAGUUAGAUCUCCUAUCAAAUCUUCUUGAAGAAGCCGAUGAUCUGAGAAAAGCAAUCCGAAAGUAUGAAGUGCAGACCACUUUAGAGCUUUGCCGAAUUGAUGCAAGGAUCGCACGCAUUCUUGCUGCUAUGCAGCAGGGGGGCUUUGAGGUUGGAGAAGCAUCUGCUCGUGCCUAUAGAUCAAUUAUGGUGUUCUCUCUAAAGUCAUUCAUUGGGGCACACUUGGAGGAUCUGACUGACAAAGAUGCCACAGAGAAGGCCUUAGCUGCAGAAGAAGCAUUGUUAGCAGACCUUGCCCUUGAUGCCGAGAAGAGUGUAGACAGAGGAGAUGGUAAAGAAAAACAGACAGAGAAAAAAUCAAAGAACAAGAAAAAGAACAAAUAUUAUAGAAAAUCUGAGGAUCUAAAGGCUAGUAGUUGUGGGAAGCAGUUUCCGCCAGAUGGGAAGGACGUAGAACAACAGGAACUUAGGUGUCAAGUUGAGCUUGAUGCAGAGGAAAGAAGGAUUGAAUUGACUUUUGAGUCUCCUUCUGAGCAAAAUAAGUUGGGGGAGAGGAUAGAGCAGCACUCUUCUGAUGAGACAGCCAUUGGUACAAUUUCACCAGGAGGCUUACAAAAGCAAGAGAGUUCAUCAGCAGCUGAACAGAAGACUACUUCGACUGAUGAAGUUCCACUAAUUCUCCCUCUAUUAUAUGAGAAGCUGGGAGAGGGAAAGUUUGUUUCCUCAAAAGGUAGUGAUGAUGGUUCAAAUGAGGCUAAUUAUGGUGAUUCCGACCAUAAAGAUUCUGAAAACUCAGACCAGGAUGAUGUUUAUGAGACAUAUCACAAUUUUGCUGAGUCAAGUGAAGGGGUGCCUCAAGGUGGAGCUGGUCUGGAAAAUUAUGCUAACGAUUGCUCCCUGAAUGCAAUCAUACAGUCACUUUGGCAUUUGAGAUGGUUUAGACGUGAGUUGAUGAAAUCCGCAGCACAUUUGCAUAUGAUAGAUGAAGCCUGUGUUUACUGUUCCUUAAAUUCGAUUUUUUCUUUGUUAAAUUCGGCAUCCAUAUCUAGCCAUAAAAAGGCGAUUAGUCCAGGCCCUUUAAGAGAUGCUCUCAGUAAUUUGGACCCUCAAAGUAAUCUUUACAAGAAGGGAGAAAUGAAUGAUGCUUCAGAAAUCUUGCAUAAAAUUCUUGAAGGUCUUCAUCUAUCAUUCAGUACAAAGAAAGAAGAAAGCAAUGGUUGGGAGUCUUGGGACCACUUAGAUUGCCCAAGCGACAUUUGUAUAACACAUUCUCUAUUUGGAAUUAAAAUUCGGGAAAGAGUUGCAUGCUACCAUUGCGGUUGUGAGUCUAGGCAACAUGGGUAUAAUUCCCUUUUUCACCUCAUAAAUGCAAGUGAACUUAGAAAAAAGAAGAUUACCCACAUGGAUAGCUCUUUCGACAACCUUUUGAAGCUUGUGAAGAUGGAUGAUCAAGUUACUUGCAAUCCAGAGGAAGGAGGCUGUGGAAAACUCAAUUCCAUUGAUCAAAUCCUUUCAGAUCCUCCUCAUCUGUUUGUAGUUCUCCUUGGGUGGCAGAGUGUCUCUGAGAAUUCAGAAGAUGUAUCAACAACAUUGGCAGCUCUGACAACUGAGAUAGAUAUUGCAGUCAUCUAUGGAGAUUUAGAUGAGGGGAGAAAGUAUCACCUUAUUUCUAUGGUUUGUUUUCAUAGUCGGCAUCUUACCUGCUUUGCUUAUGAUCAUCAGCAUAAAAAUUGGGUUCAUUAUAACGAUGCAAUUGUCGAGGUGAUUGGUCAUUGGAAUGAUGUUGUUACAAAGUGUCAACAAGGGAAAUUUCAACCUCAGCUUCUCUUCUAUGAAGCUCCUUUGGAUGAAUGAUAAGGGCCAUAGCCAGCUUUUCUUACUGUGCAUAGGUGAACAAGACAAUCAAACUUUCAUAUAGAGAAUAAAAUACCAUAAAGGAAGAAGAGCAAGAGUUUCUCCAAUUUUUGCAUUUUUCUCCUGCUACUUUCUCAUUUUCCAUUCAAUGUGAAAAUCCAAUGCCUCUACAAUGCAAGAGCAUCCAUUAAAUCU